AUGAGCUCAUCCGACGCCCACCGCCGCCGCAGCAAAAAGGACUCGAGCAGCCCGAAGAGCAAGGACAGAGACCGCGACCGUGACCGCGAUCGGGAAAAGGACAGGGAGCGGCACAAGAGCUCCAAGUCGCGCAAGACACGCUCGUCAGCCUCCAACAACGACGAAGCAGAAGCGGAUCGCCCCCGCGAGCGGCCCUCGGGCGAGCGCGUGCGCACAUCGUCGUCCUCACAGUCGUCAAAAUCGCAGAAGAUGGCUGUCGUGCCCGAGAUGGCGCGGCGCAGCUCCCUGGGCUCAGCCAAUGCGUCCAGGUCCAGUCUGUCGUACCCGACCCUCUCCAAGACGCACGCAAAGGAGAGCAUAUACUCGCGCGAAGAAGCCGCCUCGAAGAACCCCGCUACACCCCAGCCCACCGAAGUCGACCACGAGAAGACCGACGAGCCACGAGUCGUGCCACAGCCACCCACCCGAGUCGCGCCCACUCCUCCGGACAUGGAGCCCCACCGACAGAGUGUCGACAGCGGCACUCGCAUGACGUCCCAGGCUGGACCCCGGGCUGCGUCUCGCUCAAGCAUCAGGGAUGGCGACUUUGAUGGCACCGACUUCACCUCUACGACAGGUUCACAACCGAGUACGGUCCGCGCAAAGUCUCCCCGGCUACCCGUGAGGCACAAGACAGCAAGCCCUGCGAGAACCAAGACCGCAAGUCCUUCACGCACUCGCACGCCAGGAAGGUCGUCCACGCCAGUGAAGAUGAAGACUAGGGCGCCCUCCGAGUUCACGAUAGACUCUGAAGCAACAUCGGUGCCCCCGGAGCCAGUUGUCCCGGGUCGCGGCAAUUCUCCUUCAUACUCGGAUGCCUCUCCAGCCUCUGUGGUCGAUUCAUCGCCGCGGACACCGACGCAACAGUCCGUCCUUCCGUCCAUGGUAUCCUCCGUCAAGGACGGGCCACCGAUGAUUGAGAUUAUCAACGACCCCAUGUCACGAGCGCAGUCUGUGGAUCCAGGAUAUUCGGGCAUGGCUCCCCCGCCGCCACCACCGCCACCCCCUCCAGCCAUGACCGGCGAGCCUCCUCGCGUGGACUAUCUCCUGCAGAACGGUGGCCUGUCUCGACCAAUACCACGUAGUCUGCUGGCGGCCAUUGAGGGAGCACCAGCACCAGCAUACUCCUCAUAUACAUCGCCACGCGUCUCUGGAACACAGGACCACGAUGUACGCACAUUCUUCAAGCCCAUUCAAGUUGUGCUCAACAAUUACAACACCGUCAUGGACACCAACGGCUCUCUCGCCGUGGCGACAGGCUAUCGAUCCGUUGCCAGGCGUCUCCUUGACCGCCUCGAAAACGUGUUCGCGCGCAACAUAUCGUCCGAGCACUGCCAGUGCAUGAUGUGCUUCGAGCAACCGAUCGAAGAAGACUCCGCUGGUGUCAAUUGGGGGGAAAUCUUGGAACUUGUCUCUGGGCGGUGUGAGCUUCCUGCGUGGCCACCAUACGAAGAUCACUCAGACUCGGGCCUCGGUAUCUCGUCUUCACAGCUCGAAGCGCCUUGCCAACGAAUCGAUGUCGAUGUACCAGAGCAGUACCGUGCACAUUAUGAGAAACAAUCCAAGAAGACAAAGGUCGCAGUCCAAUCAUGGCUGUCGGACCAAACAGAGAACGUCCCCGAAGACGCCGACGACGAGACAUUGACCUUCAUCAUGCUGACACGUUUGGAGCAGCCACAGCGGCCUCUCUUCUAUGCGCUCCUCUGGGGGCUUGACCAGCUACCAACUCCCCGAACUCAGAAGCCCGACACGGGCACUCCACCUUACCUUGCAAAGGCAGGCCUUGCAUUACAGCGCCUCUAUCGUUUGCACAGUCCGCCACGAGACCAGCUCGUUGUCAUGUACUUGAUCCGCCACCCCGACAUGCAUAACAUGCUGGCAACUUUAGCGGCUGUGAAGAAACAUGAAUGGGAAAUUUUGGUGUCGGGAAGAUUUGAUGGAUUCCUCUGGUCAGGUGCAGAAGAUGUGCCCAACAUGAGUCCCCCUGGGAAAAUACCACCCACGGACGGGCCCCAGCGCUUCGCUUCACCAUUCAGUCCAAACCCAUAUUCUCGUCCCGGAUCGGCACGCCCUGGAUCCGUCCGACCACCGGGUGGAGCGCCCGUUCAGAUAGACGAAGAGACGGAGAUAGCUGUUCUGGCUGAGAUUGAGCGCGAGAUUUACCUUGGCAUGGAGGCCAUGGAAGACGCUUUCGAGCAUCUGCACAACCAAGCCGAGCUUGUGCGCAGACGCCUUCGUGAGCGUGCGGCUGGUCUAUCCAUGGUUGCGCAGCAACGCAGGGGGUCUGGCGCAGACGGUAUUGAGGUCAGAAUGGGAACGCCUGCGAACGCGCGCGAUGGUGACGAAAACUACGACGAUCUGAGAAGCGAGAUCGGACCAGAUGACUCGGCCAGUAACGUUUCGCACAACAGAAGGAGAAAGGCACACAGAGCUAGGGAGAGAAGGACGCCGGCACCGGUCGAGGAAGAAAGCGAGGAAGAGAGCACGCUCGCCGAGCGGAUCAGAAGGAGACUGCCAGGAUGA